AUGGCUACUGCUAAUUCAAAGACGACCUCCCUCGACCAUGUCGAAGAUACGCAUACACACGGCCAGCAAGAAGAUAUAAUUCGGCAGCAAUUGCAGCAUGAUGCAAAAGAGCUUGAGGAAAAAUACCAUAUCCCUAUCCAGGCAGUCUUGGAGUCUCAUCGCGAAGAGGAUCCGGCAGUCGUUCGCAAAGUCAUUCGCAAGGUUGACCUUCGCCUUGUGCCCAUGCUGUCGGUCUUGUACAUGUGGGCAUUCAUCGACAGGUCAAAUUUAGGAAACGCCAACAUCGCCGGCCUAAGCAAGGACCUAAAAACCAGCAUUGGAAAUAGAUACAACGUGUUGGCCAUGAUUUUCUUUGUGGGUUAUUGCCUAAUCGACGUACCUGCCACGUUUCUGGUCCGGAAAAUUGGCCCUGCCCUAUGGAUCGGCUCUGUUGCGACCCUCUGGGGAAUUGUCACGUUCUCUCAAGGCUUCACCAAAUCCUGGGGAAUGCUUGCGUUGUGUCGAGCUCUUCUUGGAUUUUUGGAAGGAGGACUUGUACCUGCUGCCAUGUUCCUGCUUUACAACUGGUAUGUUCGAUACGAAAUACAGAAGCGCAUUGCUGCAUUUUAUAUCAUUGGCAAUGUCUGCAGUGGUUUGUCCGGACUGCUCGCCUACGGCAUUGAGCGGAUGGCCGGGGAUUCGGGUCUGAAUGGCUGGAGUUGGAUCUUCAUCAUUGAAGGUGUCAUCAGCACAGUCGUCGGCAUUGUCAGCUUCUUCGUGGUCAUUGACUUCCCAGAGAAAGCAACGGUCAAGAACUCCCUCGGGCUGCCAGGUUUCUUGACCCCUGAAGAAGCUGCAAUCGUGCUUGCCCGGGUUGAGCGCGAUCGUGGUGACGCGGUCGAGGAUGCAAUGUCAUUCAAGAUCGCCCUGAAGCAUCUCAGAGAUUGGAAAGUCUGGGAAUUCACUUUGUACCUUACACUCAACAACACAGCUCUUUACGCUUUCUCGUAUUUCUUGCCUGUCAUCCUGAAGGACGGGUUCGGUUACUCCACGGGCAAGGCUCAACUGCUCACGUUCCCUCCUUAUGCUGUCGGAGCUGUUUGGAUUGUUACGUGUGCCUUCGUGGCAGACCACUUCGAGAUUCGAGGGCCUGUGAUGUGCUUUAAUGCGAUACUAUACAUCAUCGGGGUUUCAAUGGUCGGGUUUGUCGAGGAGGUCCACGCUCGAUAUGCCGGCGUCUUCCUAGGCGUGAUGGGCAUUAUUGCCAAUAUCCCGACACAAUGGGCAUACAGUCACAACAAUCAGGUCGGCCAGAAUCGCAGAGCCUUAACAAUGUCCUUGCAAGUUAUGGGUGGAGCUUUUGGGGGCAUUAUAUCUGGAAACGUCUUUGUCUCCACUGAUGCACCCAACUACCGUACUGGUCUGUGGAUUUGCAUCAGCUUUCAGAUGCUAUACCUGGUCUUGGUGGCGAAGAAUUUCUUCAUUUUCUACGUCCAGAACAAGCGAGCGGAUCGGGGCGAGAUCGUCAUUCAGGGGCAAGUGGGCUUCCGGUAUACAUAUUAGUCAUGGUGGCACUCAGGGUAUCCCAGGCACUAGCCUGCAGGACACGAGGAACCGUCAAUGAGUACUAUAAGACUUUGAUGUAAAAGGCCGAAGUUGGACGGCUUCGAGGACAGUAGUCAGGCUCUCGGGGAUCGCAAAGAAUGCUGCUCUGCAGCACCGAUUGCUGCACAUAUUAAAAUUGGGAUCGUGCACUUCGUAGAGCAGCAAACGAAUCAGUGAACCAUUUUUUGUUGGUUUGUUGAUUGCC